AUGUCUAAACCUGCUGAGGCCAAAUUGUGGGGCGGUCGUUUCACCGGCGCCACUGACCCUCUAAUGGAUCUCUACAAUGCUUCCCUUCCGUAUGACAAAAUCAUGUACGACGUCGAUUUGACGGGUACCAAGGUCUACACUGAGGGCUUGAACAAGUUGGGGUUGAUCAAUGAUGAUGAAUUGAAAAAAAUCCACGAGGGGUUGGAAGUUGUAAGGGAAGAGUGGAAACAUAACCAAUUCGUGGAGAAGCCUGGCGAUGAGGAUAUUCAUACCGCCAACGAAAGAAGGUUGGGGGAGAUUAUCGGGAAGCACAUUGCAGGAAAAGUACACACCGGUAGAUCCAGAAACGACCAGGUAGCUACUGACAUGAGACUUCACGUCAGAGCAAGAUUGACGAAAAUUCUUGAGUUUUUGAAGAAUUUCAUUACCGCCAUUAUUAAAAGAGCGGAGGCCGAAAUCGAUGUGUUGAUGCCUGGCUAUACCCACUUGCAGAGAGCUCAGCCUAUUAGAUGGGCCCACUGGUUGUCCAUGUAUGCCACUUAUUUUAGUGAGGACUACAAAAGAUUGCAGCAGAUCAUCGAAAGAUUGAACAAGUCUCCAUUGGGUGCGGGCGCCUUGGCUGGUCACCCAUACGGUAUUGACAGAGAGUUCCUUGCACAGCAGUUGGGUUUCGAAGGGGUGAUCGGUAACUCGUUGGCCGCAGUGUCUGACCGUGAUUUUGUUGUGGAGACACUUUUUUGGUCUUCUUUGUUCAUGAACCACAUCUCUCGUUUCUCUGAGGACUUGAUCAUCUACUCAUCAGCCGAAUUUGGUUUUGUCCAGUUGGCCGAUGCAUACUCCACAGGGUCCUCAUUGAUGCCUCAAAAGAAAAAUCCAGAUUCUCUUGAGCUCUUGAGAGGUAAGUCUGGUCGUGUGUUUGGCGCCAUGUCGGGCUUCAUGAUGUCUUUAAAGUCCAUUCCAUCAACAUAUAACAAGGAUAUGCAAGAAGACAAGGAACCUCUUUAUGACGCUCUCACAACCACUGAGCACUCUAUUCUCAUUGCUAUUGGCGUGAUUUCCACCUUGAACAUCAACAAGGAGAAGAUGGAGGGCGCCUUGACCAUGGAUAUGUUGGCAACAGACUUGGCUGACUAUUUAGUCAGAAAGGGUGUUCCAUUCAGAGAGACCCACCACAUUUCUGGUGAGUGUGUCAGAGUUGCCGAGGAGCUCAAAUUGUCUGGUAUUGACCAGUUGACCCUUGAGCAGCUUCAAAAAAUAGACUCCAGAUUCGGCGACGAUGUAUUAAACACUUUUGACUUCGAAGCUAGUGUGGAGAGAAGAACUGCCAUUGGAGGCACUGCUAAAAGCGCUGUCUUGAAACAGUUGGCAAGCUUAAUUUCUGAGCUCCAAUAA